UUUACACAUUCUUGACACGCAAUGGUAGGGCUGCCGGAUGGCAAUGCAGCGCGGCUUUUUCCGAAGGCCGGUGGUGGCUCAAAUGGAGGAGACGAACCUGAACAUGUGGUUCGCAUGCGGAAGGCACUGGAGAGUGCAAAGGCGGAGCUGCGAGGGCUCCGGCAGCGGCGCUUGGAGCUGGAGGUGAAGCCAGCAGAGCAGCGCGAUUCUCCCAAGCUACCGAUGGUUGGGCCGGAUGAUGUGGCGAUGAAGGCGUUGGCUGCCCAUGGUGAGCCGCCCCCCGCCAUGUUGCACCGGCUUGGCAUCGCUGUGAUGCUUAUCCUGGAGGCGCCGCUCCUCGUGGACUUGGGGGAGCAUCCCCUGCCCGCGAGGGUGCCUUGGAGGAACUUGCAAAUCCUUUUGCGGAAGCCGCAGGCCACUGUGAUUACUGGAGGAGAUGCCUCGUUGGCACCCAUGAAGGAUAUAGUGGCUGCGUUGACAUCAAGACCAUUCGGAGAACGCCUGGUACGACACAUUCACCACAAAGUUCUUGAAGGUGAUCCACCCCUGACACGGUCAGAAGUGUUGGACGCAGAUGCAAACUGUACCCCGUUGCAUGACUGGGUCAUCAAUUUGCUUUUACCCUUUCAAGCAAGCCAGAGGGCGAUGAUGUUGCCUGCACCCGAGACUGCAGAGGUUCGCGCUGAACGCGACAAUGCAACAGCUGCGGUCGCCUCAAAGGAGAAGGAAGUUGCUGGGCUGCGUCGUAAGCUACGUGCUGCGCAGGAAUCGGAGCAAGCCGCUGUGGAAUUUGCUGCCCAGCAUUCGCCAGGGCCGGCAUCGGAUGGCCCAGAGUCGACGUCGACUCCUGCCGCAAAUGGGUCCAGCACGUUGGACUCAGGUUCAGUGGGUCCAGUGCCAAAUGGCACUCUGGAAGUGAUGGGGCAGAAGUCUUUGCAGUACCGGCUGGAGGAGGUGGUGGUCCCAGAGCUUCAGGAGGCGGUGCUGCAGUCGGUGGUGAAGACGCUGCUGGAGCGUACGGAGUCGGAGUCGUCGUCGGCUCGCGUGGAGGUGGUGGGCCGCAGCGAGGACCGCGAGGACGAGGCCACGGCGCAGCAGCGGGCAGAGGCGGUGGAAGCCUGGCUGCUGGCACGGGGCGUCCCGCGCGAGCGGCUCAGCGUGUCCUGGGCGGCCGGAGGCAAAGCGACAGCGCGGAGCACGGAGCUGCGGCUGUUGGACGUGCCCGGCAAAGAGGCAAAGGUUCGCCAGAAGGCAGAGACUUUGCUGAGGCGGAUACAGGGAUAUCCGGAACCCGCGGCAACUCCAGCAUCGCCGCCCGAACCGGCGGUGGCAGCUCCAACAUGGCAACUGGAGGAAUUGGCGCAGCAGCGCUUGCGGCUGGUCUUUAGAAAGGAGGGCCUGGUGCCAGAGGAUGCUGUCCUGGAAGUGGGAGCGAAGGCGGUUCGCCUCGCAAGCCUUGCGGGAAACUGGCCAGAAGUGGAGGUCGAACUUCCUCGUGAAGUAAUGCCGCCCGAAGAACCCUCUGCCAAGUUUUCGAGGAAGAAUGGUACGUUGACGGUGACGCUCAAUGCAGUGUGAGCAACAAAAAGACGAGAAGG